AUGCUUAGCUGUGUAAAAUCGUACAGUAAGGUGGCAGAAUUUGAAGAAGACGGUAUAGACUACGCCAUGCUGUCUGAAGAUGCUAACAGCCCUGCACAAGUCUCCACUGGUCCUGACUGUCCGAACAAUGACCAGAACACAGCCUCUGCAGUGUCCAUCCAUCCAACUGCAGACAGUUCAGAGGCCCCCCUGGCUUGUAGCUGCCCUGGGCAUGUGGUGGCAGUGCCUGUAGAGGCAGCUGUGCAGGCACUGGACAUGACAGAGGAAGGCAUCGCCACCUUGCUGUGCUACCUGGAACUGCACCAGAGGAAGUGGAUCGAGGUGCUCCAGCCAAUCAGAGCCUUCUGCACCGUCCAGUUCUACGGGGGGCCGGGGUUGCUACGGCAACUGGCGCGGACCAACCCCAUCAUCGCCGCGGCCGUUGCCAUGGAGAGGAAGAAGGGAGUCGACCACUCGACCAGCAACAGGUUAGAGUUCAACGUUGUGGAGCUGGCAGACAGGAUGGGGUGGGACCUGGAGCCUGUACGGAGAGACAUCCGGGCGCUCAAGUGGAAGAGGACAAACACAGGAGGUUACCAGCGGACGGGCCUGCUGGCGGAGUUUACGGAUGUGUCGUUCCUCCUGCGGGCGCCGGGCGACCUGACGGACGAUCAGCUGGAUGAGGUGUCGGAUUUCCUGUACGGACGGGUCGAGUCUCAGGAGCGGACGGAGCUCAGGCAGCUCAAGGCAGUCUUCCAGGCGCUGACAGACGUGUCACAUGAGGAGUUCUGGCACUGUGCGGAGGAAGUGGACCGGGCAAGGAGCGAGCAGCUCAAGGUCACCCUCAGGGAGUACUUCGAGAAGGAGCCGACACUUAAUGUUUCUUCAGACAGCUGUGAGGAGGAGGAGGAGGAACAGGUGCCGCUGAAGAACGAGGGCCAGGUGCGAGCGGACAUCCGUAGCUUCGUGUGUCUGCACCACGAUAGGAACUUCACUGGACGAGCCAUCGCUCGCAUCUUCCACGGGAUCUCCAGCCCCUGCUACCCAGCACAAGUCAGUAGUGUUUGUUUGUUUGUUUCUUUGUUUGUUUAUUAAGGAAUCUCCAUUAGUGUUAAC